GUGCUUUGCGGCUGGUCGUGCAGGCUGGGCGCGGGCGGGCGGGCGCGGCGGCUGUGGCGCGCGCGCAGGUGAUUGACUGAUCCUCCGGCUGAGGGGAGCACUCGGUUCUUUCGGCUGGCAGGUGCCGGAGCCCGUUAGGGCGGAGGCGGAGGAGGCGCCGGCGGCCGCCUGCUUCGGCAAGCGCUCUUUCGAUCAAGGCCAUGGCUCCCCGGCUGCAGCUGGAGAAGGCGGCCUGGCGUUGGGCGGAGACGGUGAGGCCCGAGGAGGUGUCGCAGGAGCACAUCGAGACCGCCUACCGCAUCUGGCUGGAGCCCUGUAUCCGAGGCGUGUGCAGAAGAAAUUGCAGAGGCAAUCCGAAUUGCUUAGUUGGGAUUGGCGAGCACAUUUGGUUAGGAGAAAUAGAUGAGAAUAGUUUUCAUAACAUUGAUGAUCCCAACUGUGAGAGGAGGAAAAAGAAUUCGUUUGUGGGGCUGACUAACCUGGGAGCCACCUGUUAUGUCAACACCUUUCUCCAGGUGUGGUUUCUCAACUUGGAGCUUCGACAGGCACUGUACUUAUGCCCAAGCACCCGUAGUGACUACACAAGGGGAGAUGGUGUCCAUGGAGAAAAAGAUUAUGAGCCUCAGACAAUUUGCGAGCAUCUACAGUACUUAUUUGCUUUGCUUCAAAAUAGUAACAGGCGAUACAUUGAUCCUUCAGGAUUUGUUAAAGCCUUGGGCUUGGAUACUGGACAGCAGCAGGAUGCCCAAGAGUUUUCUAAGCUCUUUAUGUCGUUGUUGGAAGACACUUUGUCUAAACAGAAGAACCCAGAUGUGCGGAACAUUGUGCAACAGCAGUUCUGUGGGGAGUAUGCCUAUGUGACUGUUUGCAAUCAGUGUGGCCGAGAGUCUAAGCUUCUAUCGAAGUUCUAUGAACUGGAGUUAAACAUCCAAGGCCACAAGCAGUUAACAGAUUGCAUCUCCGAAUUCCUGAAGGAAGAAAAAUUAGAAGGAGACAACCGAUACUUCUGUGAAAACUGCCAAAGCAAACAGAAUGCUACAAGGAAAAUUCGACUCCUGAGCCUUCCUUGCACUCUGAACCUGCAGCUGAUGCGUUUUGUGUUUGACAGGCAAACUGGACACAAGAAGAAGCUCAAUGCCUAUAUCGGCUUCUCGGAGAGUCUCGAUAUGGAACCUUAUGUGGAGCACAAAGGUGGGUCCUUUGUGUAUGAACUCAGUGCCGUCCUCAUCCACAGAGGAGUGAGUGCUUAUUCUGGCCACUACAUCGCCCAUGUGAAAGAUCCUCAGUCUGGAGAAUGGUACAAGUUCAAUGAUGAAGACAUAGAGAAGAUGGAGGGGAAGAAAUUACAACUAGGGAUUGAGGAAGAUCUAGCAGAGCCUUCUAAAUCCCAGACCCGUAAACCCAAGUGUGGCAAAGGAACUCAUUGUUCUCGAAAUGCAUACAUGUUGGUUUAUAGACUGCAAACCCAGGAAAAGAAUCACACAGUGGUUCAAGUCCCAGCCUUUCUUCAAGAGCUGGUGGACCGGGACAAUUCCAAGUUUGAGGAGUGGUGUGGUGAAAUGGCUGAGAUGCGCAGACAGAGUGUGGACAAAGGCAGAGCGAAACACGAGGAGGUGAAGGAGCUGUACCAAAGGUUGCCCGCCGGAACUGAGGCCUAUGAAUUUGUCUCUCUUGAAUGGCUGCAGAAGUGGUUGGAUGAAUCAACACCCACCAAACCUAUUGAUAAUCAUGCUUGCCUAUGUUCCCACGACAAGCUUCAUCCAGAUAAAAUAUCAAUUAUGAAGAGAAUAUCGGAAUAUGCGGCUGACAUUUUCUACAGUCGCUAUGGAGGAGGUCCAAGACUAACUGUGAAAGCCCUGUGUAAGGACUGUGUUGUAGAACGUUGUCGUGUACUGCGCCUGAAGAGCCAAUUAAAUGAAGAUUACAAAACCGUCAACAAUUUGCUGAAAACAACAAUGAAGGGCAAUGAUGGAUUUUGGGUGGGAAAGUCUUCCUUGCGCAGCUGGCGCCAGCUGGCCCUUGAACAACUAGAUGAGCAGGAUGGUGAGGCGGAGCAAAGCAACGGGAAGAUAAACGGGAGCCCCUUCAAUAAAGAUGAAUCAAAGGAAGAAAAAAAAGAAGAGGAGGAGGAAUUAAAUUUUAAUGAAGACAUCCUGUGUCCUCAUGGGGGAUUAAGCAUAUCUGAAAAUGAAAGGAGGCUCGUUUCUCAAGAGGCCUGGAGUAAACUGCGGCAGUACUUCCCAAAGGCUCCUGAGUUCCCAAGUUACAAAGAGUGCUGCUCGCAGUGCAAGAUAUUAGAACGAGAAGGGGAAGAAAACGAAGCCUUACAUAAAAUGAUCGCAAAUGAACAGAAGGCUUCCCUUCCGAAUUUGUUUCAGGACAAAAACAGACCGUGUCUCAGUAACUGGCCAGAGGAUACGGAUACUCUCUAUAUUGUGUCACACUUCUUUUUAGACGAAUGGCGGAAAUUUGUUAGAAAGCCUGCAAGGUCUACUCCUGUGUCAUCAAUUGGGAACUCUGCCCUUCUGUGUCCACACGGAGGACUCAUGUUUACAUUUCCUUCCCUCACCAAAGAAGACUCGAAACUUAUAGCUCUCAUAUGGCCCAGCGAAUGGCAAAUGAUUCAAAAGCUCUUUGUUGUGGAUAAAGUAAUUAAAAUCACAAGAAUUGAAGUGGGAGGCGUAAACCCUUCUGAAGUGCAGUAUAUUUCUGAGCCUGAUCUCUGUCCAGAUUGCAGAGAAGGCUUGUUGUGCCAACAGCAGAGGGACCUUCGAGAAUACACCCAGGCCACCAUCUAUGUCCACAAAGUUGUGGACAACAAAAAGGUGAUGAAGGACUCCGCCCCAGAGUUGAAUGUGAGUAGUUCUGAGACAGAAGAGGACAAGGAAGAAGCUAAGCCAGAUGGAGAGAAAGACCCUGACUUUAAUCAAAGCAAUGGAGGUACCAAGCGACAGAAGACGUCCCAACAGGGCUACGUGGCCUACCAGAAGCAGGUUAUCCGGCGGAGCACGAGGCACAGAAAGGUGCGAGGAGAGAAGGCACUGCUGGUGUCGGCUAAUCAGACAUUAAAAGAACUGAAGAUUCAGAUCAUGCAUGCAUUUUCAGUCGCUCCCUUUGACCAGAAUUUGUCAAUUGAUGGAAAGAUUUUAAAUGAUGACCGUGCCACCCUUGGGGCCCUCGGUGUCAUUCCUGAGUCUGUCAUUUUAUUAAAGGCUGAUGAACCAAUUGCAGACUAUGCUGCAAUGGAUGAUGUCAUGCAAGUUUGUAUGCCGGAAGAGGGAUUUAAAGGUACGGGUCUGCUUGGACAUUAAUCUUUGACCACUUGCUGACUGCCAAGGAAUAACCAGAAAGGAAGAGGAAUUUGACAUGUUAGGGCAUUAAAGAAAAAGUGGAUUUAAGAAUUAAACUAUUACCUGGCUCUUCCAAAAGGCAAAAAUCCAUUCAAAGAGACUGUCCCAAUUGCCUUAUGUCAAAUAAAGCAGAUUGCACUGAUGGGCAUCA